AUGACCCUUUGGAAGUCACCACAUCCAGACUUGGAGAUUCCAUCACAACUCACAACUUGGGAAUGGGCAUUCGAGUCCAAAAGAUUUUCACCAAUAACUGGUCCUCCAUCAACGUUAGGAGGCUACAGCGAUACUGCCACUCUGGAGAGAAUUGAUUUCGCUGCAGUAAAAGAUAUAGCCACCAAGUUGAGCACAGUGCUUGUCCGCAAAUAUGGCCUCGAACCACAACAGACAGUUUCGUUGUUCAGCACGAAUACCAUAUGGUAUCCUGUCGCCAUGUGGGCGACGGUUAGAGUGGGAGGCCGGGUCAACGGUGCAUCACCGUCAUACACCGUCGAAGAAAUGGCUUAUGCGCUGAAGACAGCCGAGGCGAGGUUCUUAAUGACCUUGCCAGACUCGGUGGACGUUGCAGUCAGCGCGGCAGCUCAAGCGGGCCUGUCGAAAGACCAUAUCUUUCUCCUAGAGGGCUCUACUCCGGGGUUCCUCAAUGUUAAAGAUCUCGUAGCGCAGUAUGAUGUGGAAAGAUAUUCGCCAGUUCCUUGCUACAAGAUUCAGUCGGGGCAAACGAACAUGGACGUCUGUGGGUACCUCAAUUUCAGCUCUGGCACGACUGGCCUGCCCAAGGCGGUCAUGCUGUCGCACCACAAUGUCAUAGCACAGUGCCAUCAACUCCGGCAGCUCCAGCUCUUCCCGGAAGACGGUCGCUAUCAAAUUCUGGCUGUGAUGCCGUUAUUUCAUAUCACAGGGUUGGUACGCUUCUGCCACUAUCCAGUAUUCAUGAACGGGGAGUCAUAUAUGCUCCCCAAAUUCACGAUGGACUCAAUGCUGAAGGCGGUGAUCAAGUAUCGCAUUGAAGAACUAAUCCUCGUCCCACCCAUUAUUGUGCGGGUUGUCCGAGAUCCGGUCGUUGAUAAGUAUCUGUUAGACCUGAGGCGAGUUGUGAAGCGCUGGUCUUCAGGGUCAGCUCCGUGCUCGCCUGAGAUCACCGACCAGCUACAUGCCAAGUUUCCUGACACUGGCUUCCGACAGGGUUACGGCGCGACUGAGUCUACGGCAUGCAUCUCAUCCCAUCCACCAUCGCACUUUGACUUUAAGUACGCUCGGAGUGGCGGCUUACUGGUUGCCAAUACAGUCGCAAAAGUAAUAUCGCUGGAGGAUCCUGGUAGAUUACUCGGAGCCGGUGAGACUGGCGAGAUUUGUGCAAAAGGCCCACAGAUUGCCAUGGGCUAUUUGGGAAACGACGCUGCAACGAAAGAGUCAUUUGAUGAUGAGCACUAUCUCCACACUGGCGAUGUGGGGCACAUCACAAAAGAUGGUCUUAUAUAUAUAGAAGAUAGAAUCAAGGAGAUGAUCAAGGUCAAGGGUUUGCAAGUGCCACCAGCUGAACUGGAAGAUGUUCUACUGGGUCACCCGCAUGUAGAAGAGUGUGCAGUCCUAGGUAUUCCGGACACCUAUUCUGGUGAAAGGCCGAAGGCCUAUGUUGUCCUCAAGAAGAGCUUGGAACCUAGUGAAGCGCUAGGAAUGCUGUUGAUUGAUCUGGUCAAGCAGAAGAAAGUCAGGUACAAGUGGCUGGUCGAGCUUGAGUUUACAGACGCCUUGCCUAGGAAUGGCACAGGAAAGCUGCUGCGACGAGUUCUAAAGGCGAAUGAAGAGAGACAAAAGUCAUCGCGGGGUAUAUGUGUGCGUGAUGUUGAAAGGACUAGAGCAAGAUUAUGA